AUGGAUUCUUAUUCAUAUGCUAUUUCUUUUUCUUCUUCCACAUAUCCACAACAAGAACAAAAGAAAAAUAAAAAAUUAGCCUCAUAUCAUUCCUCACUUCAUGGAGUUAGAAGGCUCCCAUUAAAACCAAUGACUAAACUACCAAUUGCACCUCUGCCACCAACACCUCCUAAAAUAUAUAGAGUUGAACCUAAUAAUUUCAAGGAUGUUGUCCAAAUGCUCACUUCAUCUCCCGAGUUUCAAUCUGUCUCCAAUGAUUCUAUCUCUCGUUCUGAUUCUAGCUCUGACUCUGGCUCUAGUUCUUUCAAUUCGAGACGUCUACAAAAUGUUGCUCCUCCUCCACUUGAUCUCUCACCAGUUUCAUUACAAAGAAAUAAUAAAAACAACAAUAUUGAUGCACAAUGGCGCGAGUGCAUUGACUUAACAACGUGUGAUGAACAAGAAAGCUCACAUGUAACGCCUCGGAUUCCAUCAGAAAAUUAUUUUGGAUUGUGUAGUCCACUAGCUAAUUUUCCUCUAUCGCCGUCUUCUUUUGCAUGGUGUUCUUCUAUUCUUCUUAGCCCUGGCACGCUUACUUCACCAAGCGCGGUUCAAAUCAUUUAAAUGUUUUGUAACUUAAAAUUAUAAUCCUCAUGGUUUACAA